GUUAACAGAUGUUAGUCGGACGCCGCAGAGGAAGCAUUCACGAUUUGCACUUGCAUAUGUUUUGUUGUUUGAAAAAGUUGUUAAACGUAAUUUGACGGUAAUUUUUGUGCUUGAGAGUUGUGCGUUAUUUAGCUAAAUCGCGUGUGAAAAUCGACGUGCAACACAAUGAAGGUUUGCUGCAUUGGCGCUGGUUAUGUUGGCGGCCCAACAUGUGCGGUAAUGGCACUCAAGUGUCCAGAUAUUACCAUAACGCUGGUCGAUAAAAGUGCCGAAAGAAUUGCACAGUGGAACUCGGAGAAAUUGCCCAUCUAUGAGCCUGGUCUUGAUGAGGUGGUGAAGAAAUGCCGCAAUGUCAACCUGUUCUUCUCCACGGAUAUUGCAACCGCCAUCAAGGAGGCAGAUCUGAUCUUCAUAUCAGUGAAUACGCCCACGAAAACCUGCGGCAGUGGCAAGGGUCGAGCUGCGGAUCUGAAAUAUGUGGAGAGUGCGGCGCGAAUGAUUGCCGAGAUUGCACAGUCCAACAAGAUUGUGGUCGAGAAGAGCACGGUGCCCGUGCGUGCUGCAGAGAGCAUUAUGCACAUAUUGCGAGCGAAUCAAAAGCCAGGCAUCCACUACGACAUACUCUCGAAUCCCGAAUUCUUAGCCGAGGGCACUGCCAUCAAUGAUCUGCUGAAUGCCGAUCGUGUUUUAAUCGGAGGCGAGGAAACACCCGAGGGACAUCAGGCAGUGGAGAAGCUAUCGUGGAUCUAUGAGCAUUGGAUACCAAAAAAGAAUAUAUUGACAACGAAUACGUGGAGCAGUGAACUGUCCAAGCUGGCGGCCAAUGCAUUCCUCGCUCAGCGCAUCUCCAGCAUCAAUUCGUUGUCUGCUGUAUGCGAGGCAACCGGUGCCGAUGUCUCUGAGGUGGCCAGAGCUGUGGGCUUGGAUUCACGCAUUGGCUCCAAGUUUCUGCAGGCCUCUGUGGGCUUUGGUGGCAGCUGCUUUCAAAAGGACAUUCUUAAUUUGAUUUACAUCUGCGAGAAUCUGAAUUUGCCCGAGGUGGCGGCGUAUUGGCAGCAGGUCAUCGAUAUGAAUGACUAUCAGAAGCGUCGCUUCUCCCAGAAGAUCAUCGAGAGUCUGUUCAAUACGGUGUCCGACAAACGCAUUGCCAUCCUGGGCUUUGCCUUCAAGAAGAACACGGGAGAUACACGCGAAACGGCAGCGAUUACUGUGUGCCAAACGUUGUUGGAGGAAGGUGCCAAGCUGGACAUUUACGAUCCCAAGGUGGAGCCGGAGCAAAUCAUUGACGAUCUGACGCAUCCCAGUGUCACGGAAUCUCCCGAGAACGUGAAGAAGGCUGUACAAAUACACAGUGAUCCCUACAGCGCUGUGCGUGCCACACACGCGUUGGUUUUGUGUACGGAAUGGGACGAAUUCGUGGAUCUGGACUACAAACGCAUCUAUCAAUCAAUGAUGAAACCAGCAUACAUCUUUGACGGACGCAAGAUACUUGAUCAUGAGCGACUACAGCAGAUUGGUUUCCAUGUGCAGACCAUUGGCAAGAAAUAUCAACGCGCCGGGCUGCUUAGAUCGUGGGGCAUUGUGCCACAGCUGUGAGCGAUGCGGAGCGGCAUUAAGGACUUAACAUUUGACGAGACGGAGACCGAGACCGAAACAUUUUUCCAGUAUUUACGAGACUAUAAAUUGUAAAUAUGCGUUUUGUUUGUUUUAUAUAAAUAGUUCAAGUACGAGUAUUUCGCUAGAUAUACGCCUAAGUAUUCCUAUUUCUAUUCCUACACAACCAAAUGUCGUUCCAGUUGCAAUAUAAAUACAUACAAUACUUACUUAACAAAUACAUAUGAUCAUUUGCCGUUGCAAACGGACACCUGCAAUUCCGUUUAACUACAGAAAUU